GGGUGAAAAGUGAAAGGGUUAGGGAAAGUGGCAUGAAUCGAAAGAGAGAUUGGAGAUGUGGUCGAAUCGAAAGGAGAAGAGGAAGGCAUUGAAGAAAUUGAAGAGAAAGGAGAGAAGGAAAGAGAUUGCUGAGAAGGAACGUUUGGAGGAAGAAGCUCGAUUGAAUGAUCCUGAAGAGGAGAGAAAGAGGAUACUCUUGGAGCAGCAAGAGGCGGAGAGAAUCGAAAGGGAUAGAAUCGCUUUCGAAGAGAGGGAGAAAGCUUGGAUUAUCAAACAACAACAACAACGAGACCUAGAAGAAGAACAACAACAACUAUCUCAACGAGACCUAGAACAACAUGAAUCAGAAUUAGAAGAAGAAGAAGAAGAAGACGUUGAUGAUGACGACGAUGGUCGUCCGGAGAUUAUUUGGCUAGGAAAUGAAAUUAUCAUACAAAAGAAGAACCCCAAUCCCCUCCUUCUCCUCCACAACCACAACCACCACCACCACCACCACCACCACCAGGAGCAGCAUGAGCAUCAUGAUAAUAGACCUACAUCCAAUCCCUUUCCCCCGGAAUCUCCCUCUCAACCUCUGCACAAUGUUGCUCAACAACCACCUAAUUUCGGAACUGAACUGGAUAAAGCUCACUGUCCCUUUCAUCUUAAAACUGCAGCAUGUCGAUUUGGUGACCGAUGUAGCAGGGUCCAUUUCUACCCCGAUAAGUCCUGCACCCUUCUCAUCAAAAACAUGUACAAUGGUCCUGGACUUGCUUGGGAACAAGAUGAAGGCCUUGAGUAUACAGAUGAGGAGGUUGAACGCUGUUUUGAAGAGUUUUAUGAAGAUGUUCACACAGAGUUCCUGAAGUUUGGUGAAAUUGUGAACUUCAAGGUGUGUAAAAAUGGUUCAUUUCAUUUGCGAGGAAAUGUCUACGUACAGUAUAAGUUGUUGGAUUCUGCUCUGCUUGCUUAUAACUCAGUUAAUGGUCGCUACUUCGCUGGUAAACAGGUGAGCUGUAAAUUUGUUAAUUUAACAAGAUGGAAGGUUGCCAUUUGUGGCGAGUAUAUGAAAUCAGGUUACAAGACUUGUUCCCAUGGAACAGCUUGCAAUUUUAUCCACUGUUUCCGUAAUCCUGGCGGAGACUAUGAAUGGGCAGAUUCUGACAAACCACCCCCGAAAUUUUGGGUAAAGGAGAUGGUUGCUUUAUUUGGUCAUUCUGAUAAUUGUGAGAUGUCAAGGGUCCAUGGAAAUUUUAGUGCGCUGAAGCACUCCAGCAAUAUCCUAGAAACAGAUUCUGACAGGUAUCACUCAAGAAGAUCAAGAUCUAGGGAGAUGGGUCAAUUAUAUGGUGGUCGUUCUAGUAGAAGAAGACAGGAAGAUGAAAGAAAGCAGAGAACUCUUGAUGAGGAAUGGAAUACCAACUAUAAAGACAAUCAUAAAAGAAAAUACAGGAACAAAACUUCUGAUUCUGAUUCUGACAAGGAAGGGUUAGAAGAGGUAGAUAGGAAAAAGUAUCAUGAACACACUAGGAAAAGCUCAUUUAAUUGGAACAAGGAUGACAAUAGCAGAAGGCAUGAAGAGUAUUCUGAUGUGGAUAGGGUUACUAUAAACAGGGACAAUGAAAAGCCACAUGAUAGAAAAGGAAGGAACUCGCAAAAGUCGAACCGGGAUAGUAGGGACUGGAUUUAUGAGGCUGGAUGUGAUGAGGAUAGAGAUGGAGAUGGAAGAAAACACCAUAUUAGCCGAAGGAAAGGAUCAAGACAUCAGAGCAGGGACAACAGUAAUGUAACUGAUGAAUCUGAAUCUGACAAAGAUAGAGGCCAUGAAGAGUAUUCUGAUGUGGAUUGGGAUACUAUGAGUAGAGAGAAUGAAAAGCAGCAUGGCAGUAAUGGAAGGAACUCACAAAAGUGGAACAGGGAUAGUAGGUACCGGAUUUAUGAGGCUGGAUCAGAUGAGGAUAGACAUAGAAAAAGGCACCAUAGUAGCCAAAGGAAAGGAUCGAGACAUCGGAGCAGGGACAACAGUAAUGUAGCCGAUGAGUCUGAAUCUGACAAAGAUAGAGGACAUGAAAAGUAUUCUGAUGUGGAUUGGGAUACUAUGAGUAGGGACAAUGAAAAGCAGCAUGACAGCAAAGGAAAGAACUCACAAAAGAGGAAUGGAGAUAGUAAGUACCAGAUUGAUGAGGCUGGAUCAGAUGAGGAUAGACAUAGAAAAAAGCACCUUAGUAGCCAAAUGAAAGAAUCUAGACAUCAGAGUAGUGACAGCGGUUAUGGAAUUGAUGAAUCUGACAAAGAUAAAGGAGAGAUGGAAGCACAACAUGGUUACUCUAGGAAAAGCUCGAGACACAAAAGAUCUGGUCUUCAAUACUAAUGUGAAGACUAUGAGAACGAAAAUGACAAAGUUGAUGGGGGUUGGUCUCAUAGAGACAAUGACCGACGAGCACAUCAUCACAAAAAGAAGAGAUUGAAAUACCAGAAGAAAUUGGAUUCCACCAAUGGAGACAGUAAGAAUGUAAGUCACAAGAAUAGUGGAGAGUUGUCUAGCAAGAACCCAAGCGAAGACAGACAUGAACAAGGCAAAGGAAGUGACAGUCACUUAUAAUGUACUGAAGAUGACAAUGUACUGAAGAUUCUGAAUCUCAUUAUACUGAAAAUAUUCGUCUUGAUCUUAAUAGUCAUUGUCCAUGAGAUGUCUGUUUAGUGUUGAGACUUGAGUCUCUCCUUGUAAUCUCAAUGGAUAGAGUUUAAAUCUUUUCGGGAAUGUCAUUGUUUUCAAUUGAAUUAAUAAUAAUAACUUUAUCUUGAAAUAGUAA